CAAAAAAUAAAAAAACGGGCCCACUCUCUCUCCUCUCUGCUUUUUCAGUUGGGAUGCUCUUUUUUCUUUUUUUUUUGCAUGAAAGCCAGGAAGAUUUGGACCUCAGAGCUGUUAAAAUCCGCACUUCUCAUGAUUCUCCUCAUAUGGGUCUUGUCUGAAAUCCAUGAAAUGAUCUGAUAUCAUGAUUUUCUCACCAGAAAUCGUACAGUAAUUGAUUCAAUACUUCAAUUCCAGAAAAUGGGAGUUUCAAGCUCUAAAAUGGAAGAUGAUAAGGCUCUGCUUCUAUGCCGGGAAAGGAGGCGCUUUGUCAGGCAAGCACUUGAUGGGAGGUGCUCGCUCGCAGCGGCUCAUGUUUCUUAUAUUCAAUCCCUCAAAAAUACAGGAACAGCUUUAAGAAAGUUCGUUGAACCAGAGGCUCCAAUCGAAUCCUCCCUGUAUACUUCCACAUCUGCGACCCCUGAGCCACUUGCUUUGACCGACAAGUCCCUUUCCCAAUUUUCAUAUUCGUCUCCAUCCAUGUCGCAGCACAUUGAAACGGUGGAAGCCCUUUCACCGGCAGCUUCUCCUACCCACUCUGGACGGUUUCACAUAAAUCAUAUGAGAGCCCGCAGGACUUGGUCGGCGACAGUUGAAGAGAGAGCACCCGUUCCGGUAACGGCGACGGUGCAGUCCUCUUCGGGGACUCCCCAAAAUUGUACACCUCGAUCUGUGGAAACUCCAUCAUUUGAACCUCCUCCAUCCCUACCUGAAGGAACUCCACCCUGGGAUUACUUCGGUCUAUUUGACAAUCAGUUCUCUUUCCAAGAUGGGUCAGCAUUGAAUCAUGGGUUGGAAAACACCGACGAUAUCACACGGCUUAGAGAAGAGGAGGGUAUUCCUGAUUUGGAAGAGGAAGGUGAAAGGGUUGCCUUCAUUAGAAGGUCGGAAUAUUUGGACUCUGAUGAAGAAUUCAGUGAGCCUUCUACCAAUCCUUCACUUCAAAGAACCGAAAAGCAGAGUGAAGGAUUGAAUUCUUAUUCACCCAAUUCAUCUCCUAUGAUUCGGUCAAUUAGAAGUCUAUCUCAACAAAAUGAGCAUGUAAAUGGAGAGAAGAACAUACUCGAGGAUGAUGUGGAUGAAGCUGGCGAAACUGAAACUCCUGAUAUGACGCCGCCAUCAAUCACCAUACCUUCAGUAGUUACACUUCCUACUGAUGAAAAGAAACAAAUAGGGAAAGAACCACGUUCAGAAAAUAAGCUUGUGCCAAAGGAUUUCUUAUCAAGCAUAAAGGAAAUUGAAUAUCUUUUUAUCAAGGCUUCCGAAUCUGGCAAUGAAGUUCCAAGAAUGCUUGAGGCAAAAAAAGUGCAAUUCCGUCCGAUCGUCUCCGAAGCAAGAGCUCGGAGAUCAAGCGCAUCCAUCCUGUUCAAAGCCUUUCUUUCUUGUUUUGAAGAUACAGAACAUGUUCCUCAAGCUCAAGAACCUGCGGCAAAUGCAGUGAAGUACUUAACUUGGCACAGAUCUGCGUCUUCACGUUCUUCGUCAUCUAGAAUCCCUCUUGGUGCAAACUUGAAUGGUGAGAUUGCAGAUAGCAGCAGUAGCAUUUUCGGCAGUGUCUGCAUGAAUUCAGGCAGUCACGCCUCUACUUUAGAUAGGCUGUAUGCAUGGGAGAGAAAGCUUUACGACGAAGUCAAGGCAAGUGGGACCAUCAGAAGGGAAUAUGACAUGAAGUGUAAAAUGCUAAGACAACAAGAAUCGAUGGAAGGAAAUCCCAUGAAGAUAGGUAAAACCCGUGCUGUCGUCAAGGACUUGCACUCAAGGAUAAGAGUUGCGAUCCACCGGAUCGACACGAUAUCAAAGAAAAUUGAGGAAUUAAGGGACAAAGAGCUCCAACCACAGCUUGAAGAGCUUAUCGAAGGGUUAAGCCGAAUGUGGGAAAUGAUGCUUGAAACCCACAAGCUUCAGCUCAACAUCAUCUCCAUUGCAUACAACAAUGGGAGCUUGAAAGUCUCAGUACUGACAGAAUCCCAUCGUCAGGCGAGUGUCCACCUCGAAUAUGAGUUCAACUCUCUAUGUUCAAGCUUCAUGAAAUGGGUCGAUGCCCAAAAGGCCUACGUUAAUGCUAUCAACAAAUGGCUUCUAAAAUGCGUCUUCCCUCUACAGCGUAAACACUCGAGGAGGCGGAAGCUGGAGUUCUCACCCCGACGUGAUUGUGCACCGCCCAUUUUUGUCACGUGCCGUGAUUGGCUAGUCAAGCUCGACAAGUUGCCGGCUAAUGAAGUGGCAUUUUCUAUCAACGAUCUGGUGGCGGUGAUGGCCCGAUUUGCACCGCGUCAAGAGAAAAAGAUCCAAAGGAGGAAUUCAAGCUCAUCCUUCUCAUGGAAGCCCAACAGCGGGAGCAAAACUGGGGCAGAUGGGAGGAAUGGAGUGCCGCAGGUGGACUGGAAUUCAGGUUUCCAAGCCUUGCAGUCGAGCUUGAUGGAAUUUUUCAAACAGUUGAAUGAAUUUGCGGAUUUAUCAGUCAAGAGUUACGCAGAACUCCAGACGUCAAUCAAGAAUGCUCAGGUUGAAUACGAUCGGAAUGCACCACAGAAGAAACAAUCUUGACCGUCAAUUCAUCACAUGAAAAAAAGACGAUGUAAGCAGUUAUUCAGUCUAACAAUGGUUUCACGUCUGAGUGGCCUUUUGGAUGGGGGGAAUUGAGGGGUCCCAGUUCAUCAGGAAGUCUGGUUUCAUGAUGCACCCAUUUGUACAAAUGCAGCCGUAGGUUUGGGGUUCCAGACCAUUGAUUUCAUGGAUUUCUCAAUGGGGGGUGCCCAAAAAUCUCCAAGAUUGAAGUAUCCUUGCGGGCAGAAAGAAAGCCCAUGAUGGGACACCUACAAUCUUCAAAUCUAGAAACUCUUGUGGCAUUCCCCAUCAGUGGCUGGGCUAUGCAUAUACAAUGGCCUGGAUAACCGACCAUGAGCAUUGGGAGUGGGACGACGGACAUGCCCUGAUGCAUCCAGACUCUGCAAUUCCUCUCUGAAGAACUAGAAACCCAUGAAGCAGAUCAGAUGUGCAGUUCAUUACGUAGUUUCUAUUGGAAGAUUGGGUAGGAAUAAAAGGGCUUGUUUGGGGUUGCAGCUUCCUCACAUGAUAUUGCAUGAAGGUUCCAAAUAAAGGUACACCUAGGAGGGUGGUUAUAUAUAUACAAAUAUAUAUAGAUUUUCAUGAGAAUGUAAACAUAGAUGCAUACAUACGCAUACACCCACAUGUAUGUAUGUGUAUGCAUGCAUGUAUGUAGAUGUAGACUUGUAUACAUGAGAAUGAGAAUGAGAAUGGAGUGUUUUUGUUA